CACAUUCCGUAACGCCAACUGCCGAACCCUCAUCAGCCCGCGCCCGCUGGAAGGGACGUUCGCUCAACAUGGCUCCCAUACCGUCCGACGAGUUUCAACUCAAUAUCACCCCUUUGAAGCUUUCAGAGAUCCCAGAUGAGGCUACGAUCCUCGAGAAGGGCAAAGCGAUUCUAGACAGCACGGGGUCCUGGAAGCCAGGUAAAUCGUUCUAUCAUGGCACGGUCAAGACGAUCUCUCGCCCCAAGGAGGCAGGGGACGGGGCUCCGUGGCAUGGUCGUAUCAGCGAGCAUACUCGAGAAGAUGCCACCUUCGACGAGUUUUGGUCGAAACUUGGUGUCGACAAGGCUGAGAACGAGAAGAACUACAUUGCCGACAUCAAGAAGGUUGCGAAAGUCAAGGAAAUCUCUCCUAAUAUGAUUGUCUGGACGCUAUAUUACACCUUCCCUCCUCCCGUGUCCCCUAGGGUCUUCACGGUCGUGCAGAUCACUCAUUUGGAAUCAACUUCACCCCGAUCAGGAUGGAUAAUAUCGCUCCCGGUUGACUUAUCGUCUGAACCAGAGCUGGCGAAACUCGAAGAGAAGGGUGUCAAAGGCCGCUACGUGAGCGUAGAGAGAAUCCUGGAGCUCCCUGAUGGCAAGGUGGAAUGGCGUAUGGCCACGUCGAGUACUCCAGGCGGCAGCAUACCGACCUUUGUCGCCGAACGAUCUAUGCCUGGCAAGAUAUCAGACGAUGUGCCCCACUUUCUCAAGUGGUUUCACUCUAUCCGGGCGACGCCCACGAUAACCGUCACGGAUCCUACGCCCACCGGCACGGCAUUUCCAGCAGAGCCCAGCGCUACCUAGUUGACUACGGUCCGUACCCUCCCUUACACCGAUUCGCAUCUGCCUCGAGCGCAAUUGGACAUACAUGGACAACGGAGCCGAUACACGUAUGCGCAUCUGACUCUUUACUCAAUGUGCGCAAAAUACCAUCAAUUGGACUUGGAUUGGACUGCUAUAUGAUUGCUUACUUGUUCGAUGAGCACCAAUUUUUCAUAUGGUGAUAUGUUCGCCUUAUAUGGUAACUCCCGAGCGCUCGAGUUGCGACCGCACACACACUCUCGGGCGCAGCUCACGACGGAUGACAGCACCGACGCUUC